AUGAGUAUCUACAGUUUCCUGAUUGCAGUCCGAUCAGAUGGUCAGCAACUGAUGUCCGACACUGGCGAGACCACCUCUCACUUGAUGGGAAUGUUCUACCGAACUUUGCGCAUUGUCGACAAUGGCAUCAAGCCGCUCUACGUCUUCGAUGGAGCUCCUCCUAAAUUGAAGUCGGGUGAAUUAGCGAAGCGUUUCGCUCGAAAGAAUGAGGCAAACGAGCAACACGAGGAGGCGAAAGAGACAGGCACUGCAGAAGAAGUCGAGAAAUUCUCCCGGCGUACUGUCAGAGUCACCAGAGAACACAAUGAAGAAUGUCGAAAACUACUCAAGUUGAUGGGAGUUCCGUACAUCAUUGCACCCACAGAGGCCGAGGCUCAAUGCGCGGUUCUGGCACGCGCUGGCAAAGUGUAUGCUGCAGCCUCGGAGGACAUGGAUACCCUGUGCUUCAAUGCGCCUAUCCUGCUUCGCCAUUUGACUUUCAGUGAACAGCGGAAAGAGCCUAUUCAGGAAAUCCACCUUGACAAGGCAUUGGCAGGUCUUGACAUGGACAGAAAUCAGUUCAUCGAUAUGUGUAUCCUUCUAGGAUGCGACUACGUAGAUCCAGUGCCCAAGGUUGGCCCAAACACGGCAUUGAAGCUCAUCCGAGAACAUGGCUCCCUGGAAAAGGUUGUGGAAUUUAUGGAAAAUGACCCGAAGAAGCGCUAUGUGAUUCCCGAGGAUUGGCCAUACAAGGACGCGAGAGAGCUGUUCCUCAAUCCAGAUGUCCGAGCAGCGGACCAUCCGGAAUGUGAUUUCAAAUGGGAAGCGCCUGAUGUGGAGGGUCUUGUUCAGUUCCUGGUGACCGAGAAAGGCUUCAGUGAAGACCGGGUCCGAAGUGCAGCCCAGAAGUUACAAAAGAACGUCAAGACGGCACAGCAGUCUAGACUGGAAGGAUUUUUCAAAACGGUGCCCAAGACGGAAGCAGAAAAGAAAGACUUGAAGCGCAAACACGAGGAGAAGAUUGCGGAGGCAAAGAAGAAAAAGAAAGAAGACGCAAAGUCCAAGAAGGAGACCAAGGCCAAGCCUCACGCCUAA